UGUAAUGGUCGUUUAGUUCAUUUUAUAAUCUAACAACAAUACUGCCCACUCUUCUAGCUGUAAUGGUCGUAUAGUUCAUAUUAUAUUCUAACAACAAUACCUGGCCACCCUUCUAGAUGUAAUGGUCGUUUGGUUCAUUUUAUAAUCUAACAACAAUACUGCCCACUCUUCUAGCUGUAAUGGUCGUAUAGCUCAUAUUAAAAUCUUGAAAUUCUAACAUGCCCCCCAUAAAUGACUUGGCCAUGACAUCAGAGAGUAAUCUUUCAAGUCCCAGUCUCGUUAUAUUUAGAAAAUUUAACUUUCUAGUUUUCUUCUACAUGUUAAUAAUUCUCCUGAUAGCCAACAUUACCACAUGUACAAUCCGGGGCUACAGAGAGUCCCUCCCUUACCUCCGUGUCAACAUCAUCCUCAUCCUCAACUACUAUCUUGUGGAAAUCUUCAAUGCUUUUGUCAGUGUUGUGUGUUGUGCGAGCAUGGUGAGUUCCAUCAUGUCCCUGCCUUACUGGUUAGCUUUCUCACUAGAGCUAGUAGAUGUUUACCUAGUAUACCUCUCCUUAGGGUUGUCAACAACAAUCUCCGUCUCCAGGCUUCUAAUGAUUAUCAAGUUUGACAGAAUGAUUGAGCUUGAACCAGAACAGCUAUCCCAGAGAAUUCUUGGAUUUCUCGUCAUCAUCUUCACAAUCAUCAUGGGCUUCCCAGCAUAUGUAGCUUACACUCAAGAGGCUGUGUCCCCGCAAGUGGUGUACUACACCGUUUGGGAAGAACCCACAGCCCCUCAUCCUUACCUCGCCUGCUUUACAAUAGUGUGGACAAUCUGUGUACUUACCACAGUGGGGCCGUACCUAUUUGGAAAAUAUUAUCUCAAGAAAUACCACAUCUUGAGAAUGGAGUUCGAGAAUAGAGAUGAAGCAAAGAACAUCAUCAAUAUGAGAUCUGUUAUCAAAACCGUCCUCUUUACAAGCUUCUUCGUAGUUUCAAUUGUAGUACUGCGUUUCUUUGCAGAUCAAAGCAUUUUCCCUUAUGGCCUUAUGAUGGGGGUCCUAGUGUUCACUAUGUAUUUGGUAAAAUUUUCCCAAAAUCCCAAAAUCAAAGAGUAUUUCUUCCACAAGCUGACCCAAAAAAAGACAAUUCUUCAGGAGAACUACUAUACCAUUCUGAGCUCUAGAAUAUUGAACCUUAGAGCAAACAAAGUUGGAGUCCUGAAUUAGAUAUUUAAAUUUGUUGAUUAGUAUUUAAUUCUUGGAAAUCUGCAUAAAUAUUUGAACCAAAUAUCU